GCCAAUCAAAAUGUUUCGGCCGAGUAAUAACGAAAGUACAACUGAUGGAGAACACCACGACAACAAAAAUAUUAUAAAAGAAACAAACAAUUCAAACAGUCAGAAGGAACUACUACAACAACAACACAUGAAAAUUGAAUAUAUAAACAAUACAGAUAAUGAUACCGAAGUUGGCAUAACUAACAAUAUAGAACAAGGCAUAGAUACAUCAAAAAUAAAGGAAGAAAAUCAUGAAUUUGCUAUUGGUUCCUGUAAUUCCAGUAAUAAUGAUGACAUUGUUAAUAAUAUUUGCGACAUUAAAAUUAAACAAGAAACAGAAGAUAAUGAAAUGUAUGAAUUUAUAGAGCCUCAAGAUGAUGGACAGGAAUAUCAAGAUACUGGAUCGUUGUACACUGUUGAACUACGAGUUAAAGAUGAGCCAAUAGACAUACCCGUGAAUGACUUCAACGCUUCAAAUAGUGACGACGAAAGAUAUCGAGCUAAAACAUACAAAUGCGGAAGUUGUGAUUUCGAAUCAACAUAUAAACAAUUUAGACUACAUUUAGACGAAUGUCCUUCUAGAAAGUCACGAGAAAAGAAAAUUUAUAAAUGCAAUCAUUGUGGCUUUCAAGCUAUACAUAAAAAGUACAAGAUUCAUGUGGAAAAUUGUGAUGCAGUGAAACUACUUAAGAAGCCUCGCGUUAAAAGACUAUAUAGAUGUAAUCAAUGCACCUUUGCAGGCACGAAGAUGAAAUACCAGGAACAUAUUGAAGAGGAGCACCUGGGCAAUCCUGAAUGUGAACAAAUUACAGAUUAUAAAUUGCAUCAUUGCAGCAAAUGUUCCAACGAUUAUGUAUCGAUGAAGAAAUAUCUAGUGCAUCUGUACAAGGAACAUAAAUUGCAGAGGUUAAUGUGUGUGCAAUGUAACAAAAUAUGUGACACAUAUUCUACACUGAAAACGCAUAUUGGGCCACAUAUAAAACAAAUGUUUGUUCCAGUAACGGUGAUAAAUAAGGAGAGUUUUGGUAAAUCGGAAAGAAAGUUCCGAUGCAAAACCUGUAAGUCCAAUGUGAGUGGAGUUGAGAAGCUGUUCUCUCAUUGGGAAUCACAUCUGGUAAUACCUGGUGCUUCAACGAGGAAUUCAGAUGAAGAGCAAUAAUCAUAAUGCAAUAGUAUUAUAAUUAGAGAUGAAACGGAUAUCCGAUAACUAUCCGGUAUCCGGCCUAUUCGGCGGCGUUAAUACUAUCCGGCCGAAUACCGGAUAACUACUAUUCGGGCGGAUAGGUAUCAGCACGAAUUAAAACAAAAUUCUGGGUAAAAAAAUAUUUUUUUUUAAGUAAAUAUUUGCUUUAUUUAGUUAGUCUUAGUAUUACAUAAGGAAUAAAAUUAGUUUUAAUUUUAAAUUUUUAAUCAAUCAAUAGUAAAUGACUGUUAUAGAAAAAAAAAUAUUAGUUAGUUGAGUUCCGCCGGAUAUCCGGCUAUUCGGUCACAUGGUUGGCCGAAUAUCCGGUGUCCGGUAUCUGGCCAAACUGCUAUCCGUUUCAUCUCUAAAUUUAUUACAAAGUUUGUCUUUGUUAUAUUUCACACACCAAACAGCUAGCUUUGUAAGCUGUGUUUCCGUUGGAUGGUGUGAUUAAGAAAUGAAAGUCCAUUAAUAUUAUUAAAGAGGCCUUUAUACCAAG